AUGGAUGCCCACCUCACGUCUCCCUUAUCGCCUACUAGAUCCGUAUCAGCCACAUUUCCGUUGACCCAUGGCUCCCUCGGCCCACGACCCAAUGACCCUCGCUCCGAGGAGCCGUUUUCAGCCCACGGGCGUUCCCGCCGACAUGUCCGUCGUACGACUGAGGAAUACACUCCCGACGCCCAAGAAACGCGCCGUACACGAGAGCUAGGCAUCGACGGGCCCGGAGCCAAACAGCCGAAACACAAGCAUAGCAAGUCACGAGAACUUCGUCUUUCGCGACAAAUGAGCCAUCUUGCGUCUUCUGCCAGUGCGCGGGGCCUACUCCCUACGUGGUCUAGGGAGAAGGAGCGCGAGAAUGAUGACGGGUUAUUGAGACCGAUGACGAGGGAGACUACGCGUACCCGAUGGGGUUCCGAGUCGACGAGUCGGAGUCGGAAGGGGAGCCUGCUGGAUGUCCCUGAGCAGCAUGAACGAUUGGGACCGAUUCGGAGACAGGAGAUUCAGUCUAUGGAGGAUUUGGAGCUGGUAAGGAAGCGGAGGAAGCAGGGCGAGGAAUAUCUUCGGUCUGCUCUCUCCUCCAUAGGAACCCAAGCGACUGACGUCACGCGUCGACUCGACUACACGUAUUACAAUUUGUUGGAGAAGAUAACAGCUCUCAACUCAACAAUUGGGUCGUUCCAGGAUCUCUCGGAGUCUGCGUCUACGUUACUCAGCGAUUUUGAACGCGAGACGGCCGGGCUGGAUCAAGAAGUUCGUAAACAGAUCAAUGACCUCAAGGGAUUCAAACCCCAGAUCCAAAUGGCCGAUGCGCUGGAGGAGCGAAUGAAGCGAGGAGGCAAGCGCGUGGAGGAUCUGGGUAGUCGCCUGGACGCUGUCCGAGGCCAAAUUGACAGCUGGGAGCGGAGGGAGUCAGAGUGGCAGUCGCGCGUGAGCCGUCGAUUGCGUAUCUUCUGGGCUGGCCUAGGAAGUGCGUUGCUUGUGCUCGUGCUCGCCAUCGUGAUCCAGAACUGGCCUGCCAUCGUUGCAGGUGAGAAGCAUCCGUUGUCGACAGAGGCAACAAAUCAGUCCUCACUCGGCGCUUCAUAUCCGACUGAUAUGUGGAGAUCUACCCUCACAGUAGAUGAUGAUGGUGAGGCCGGUCCUUCACGCUACCCAUCGAGUCUGAAAGACCGCCUACAAAGCCUCCAAGCCUCGAGCGUCACGGUCAGCACUACCCGGGCAGGUCCCAUUGCAGCGGCCACAGAGGAUCCCUUCGAUCCCUUCCGAAUACUGGAUGAGUUAUAA